AUGAUCACAAGAAGCAAGAGUCAGAGAUCUUUGUUAUGGUUUCUUGUGCUCCACGGUGUAGCUACUGCCACCGGAGCUCCCUCCGGCGAGAAAACGCUCUCUCAGACACCCACGUGGGCCGUCGCCGUCGUCUGCACAUUCCUCAUCCUUAUUUCCCAUCUCCUCGAAAAGGGUCUUCAGAGACUCGCCAACUGGUUAUGGAAGAAGCAUAAAAACUCUCUCCUUGAAGCCUUAGAGAAGAUCAAAGCUGAGCUGAUGAUACUUGGAUUCAUUUCCUUAUCACUAACCUUUGGAGAAACAUACAUUCUCAAGAUCUGCGUUUCUUCAGAAGCUGCUCUCUCUAUGUUACCUUGCCCAUUUGAAAACGCAGAGACUCUCUCUCCAUCAUCGCUCAGUAGACCUCUUUUGGCUGCUGGUGAUUUAUCUGUGAACUGCAAAAUCGGAUCUGAGCCACUCAUAACAUUGAAAGGAUUGCACCAACUUCACAUCUUGCUGUUCUUCUUGGCCACUUUCCAUAUUCUUUAUAGUUUAAUCACCAUGAUGCUUAGCAGGCUCAAUAUUCGUGGAUGGAAAAAGUGGGAGCAAGAGACAUUAUCUCAUGAUUAUGAGUUUUCUAUUGAUCAAUCCAGACUUAGGCUCACUCAUGAGACAUCUUUUGUGAAAUCACAUACAAGUUUCUGGACUACAAUUCCAUUCUUCUUUUACGUGGGAUGCUUCUUGAGGCAGUUCUUUGUAUCCGUGGGAAGAACCGAUUACUUGACUCUGCGCCAUGGAUUCAUCUCUGUGAGAUGGAGAACAUUGUUUUGGGGAUCAAUACCUCCUGUGCUCAUAAUCUUAGCCGUUGGAACAAAGCUUCAAGCGAUUAUGGCAACAAUGGCACUAGAAAUAGCAGAGACACAUGCAGUAGUACAAGGGAUGCCUCUAGUGCAAGGCUCAGAUCGUUACUUUUGGUUCGAUUGCCCUCAGCUGCUUCUUCAUCUUAUCCACUUUGCCUUGUUUCAGAAUGCUUUCCAGAUAACACACUUCUUCUGGAUAUGGUAUUCUUUUGGAUUAAGAUCAUGCUUCCAUAAAGACUUCAAUCUUGUGGUCAUCAAACUCUUUCUAUGCCUUGGAGCUUUGAUCUUAUGCAGCUACAUCACUCUCCCAUUGUACGCACUUGUGACUCAGAUGGGUUCACACAUGAAGAAAGCAGUGUUUGAUGAGCAAAUGGCAAAGGCAUUAAAGAAGUGGCACAAAGACAUCAAGAUGAAGAAAGGCAAAGCGAGGAAGCUCCCAAGCAAGACACUUGGUGGUUCGGGGAGUUUCAGCAUCUCCCCUUCUUCCUCUGGAACCACUCUACACCGUUCUAAGACCACUGGCCACUCUGCUAACGCCAUAUACUACAAACAACAAGAAGAAGAGGAAGAAGAAGAAAAUGACCAAAUCUCUGAUCUCGAAGCUGGAUCAGGGGAUGUUACUGAAAGGUUUCAAGACCAGCAGAGGCAAUUCCACCACUCUUAG